AUGGCGACUUCAUCCAGCCACACUACUCCCACUUUUCUCGCCACUAGCUGGCAGCCCGCGCCCGCCGCUCCGGCUGCCCGCUCUUCACCCCCAGUCGGCAGUGCGCCCCAGAACGGGGCUCGAGUUUUCUGCAUCCCAGGCCCUCCUCUGGCUGCUGACCGUUCAUGCAGCCUGUUCACCUGCGGGUCGCAGACCGGUGUCACACGACUGCAGCCUCUCUUUCGUACAGAUGGCUUGGCAGAGGCGGAUGCAGCCGCCGACCACUGCUCAGCUAGUUUCUCCCUCUCAGCGACAGCUGCAGUGGCUGUGGCACAGAGCGCUGGGUCGCCAGUCGUGGCUGUCGUCCCGAUCGAUUUUUCUGCUAUGGAGUGCCGGCCGGCAGGGAUGACAGCGCCUGAAGAAGAGAGAGAGCCCCAGCGGUUCCUGCCCGCCUUCCCCGUCGUCGUCGGACUGGAAAACGGGCAAGUAUGGCUUUAUGAGUGGCAGCAAGCGGAACCUGGUGGGACAGGAGGCGAGGCUUCUCCAUCAGCCCCAAAAUGCGUGGCACAACACCUGCUCUGUCGGCAAAUGGCUAAGCCCAUCACCAUCUGCAUUGCAAAUGUUCGACGGAAUGCCGAUGUAGAUGAUGACGAGGAGGACAGCCAGAAAUAUCGGUUCGAGGCUUACGUCCUCUACAGCAACGGAAUGGUAGUUGUGUGGAAAAAGGGCAGGAGAGACCGGAAGGAACUCGGGCCAGUAGAGGGUGCAGUUCACAUGAGUGUCGAGGCGGAAGGUCGCUACAUCGCUGUGUCGUCGAGCACCAGGAAGCUCGUUGUGUUCCGAAGGAAGGAGGCGCCCACCGAUGACGACUUCCUAAGUUUCAGCAAAUGCUUUGACCAAGAAGUGUUUCGCAAACAGCUGAAUUCCGCGUGCGCGGCGGGUGUGCAGCUGCAGACAUCGUGGCAUCCCGAUGGCGACUGCCUCUUUUUGCCCGGGGCUUCGUCAGUGCGCAUGCUGAAGACGUCAACGAUGGCGAUCGAGUCGCUCGACUUCGCGUCUUCCGGCUUCGACCCGCUAGUGGUUUUCGACAGAGUUGCCGUCGUCAGAUUGAGCCCACUCGCCUCGUCGCCUCGCCACGGAGAAGCAACAGCCACGGCCGUCGUUCUUCUCGCGUCAGUCCGUUCCUCGAUCCGGGCCUGGGCUGUGGAGCAGCAGCAGCCGCUCUUCUACAUUGAAGCAGGAAGCAAUUCUUCCUCUUCCAAUGGAGAUCGACUUCUUCAAAUAGCCGCAUGGCGUUCCUACUCGGGCGCCUCGAACCAAGCAGGCCACGCCUUUUUUUCACCGGCGUUGGAGAUCGCUCUUGUUCGCGAGGACGGCGCAAUCAGCAUUGUCGGCGUCCGUUCUCAGCGUCUCUUGGAGAUCGUAUCCAAAUCGACAGAGACUAGUGGCUCCGCGGCGACUUCUGUGGAGAAGCAGGUGAAAAGCGAGCCGACAGAGAACGUGAGUGAGACGAACAAAGGCGUGAAUUCCGGAGGAAUGAACGCAGAGGAUGAGGAGACGCCUGAGGCGGAGCAGAACGUGCCUGCGUCUCCAUCUGGAGGGCCGCAAUCUGUGGAAGGCGCGAGCCACGAAGCGGCGGACUCUGCGUCGCCCCCCAGGUCUAGAUCUGGGGGCCUGUCUCCGUCGCCAGUUCGGAUGGGAGCUAAGGAGCAUAGUGACGCUGUGAACAGAAGCGUAAGCGAGAAAAGUUAUGGGGAGAAAAGCCGAGACGUCGUGGCUGGAACUCCCAUGAAGAAGAAGCAUGAUAGGGACAGUGAAGACGAAGGGACCCGAGGGCGGCGAAGCGCCUCGGCGUCAGUUUCGCCCCGCAACGGAGAGAAGAAGAAGAGAAAGGAGCGGAAGAACGCAGCAGACUCGACCCCGGUCCGCCGGUUCAUCGAGAUGCAGGCCGAAGAGGCGAGCGAACACGACGAUGAAAACGACGGCGAGCAGUUGUUUGGAGCAGCCGGGGAGGAGGACGGCGAAGAGUGUCCGCACAAAGGCCAGCGGGAGAAGCGCAAGAGGAAGGCACUCCGAGAGGAGCGCCACAAGAAACGAAGAAAGCAGGACGGCUCGCCACUCGACGGCGAAGACGCGGGCUCGGCGUUGUCGGACUUCGAAAAGGAGAGCGACGCUCCCCCCCUCGACGAGGAGGACGAAGAAGACGACAGCCUGCACACCCUGCUUUCUUCUUUUUCCUUCCUCUCGGGGAAAGACGGCGAGAAGCAAGCCGCCGCCGGAGAGGCUGCCGCCGAUGGAGCCCAUGGCGAGGCCGCGAAAGACGCGGCGUCGUCGCCUCGCUCUGGAGAGAAGGCGCUGCUGGAGACCAUGCGCAAGGCUCUGCUGCAGCUGCACUCCAGGCAGAAGGAGGGGCGGAAGGAGCAGCUGGCGGCGAAGCGCCGCACUCAGCGGCUGCAGAGAGAAAACGCGCGACUUCGCGCAGAGCUCCACGGCCUCCGCAGAACGCACCAGGCCCUGCUCGCGAGAGGCUACGGGCUUGAAGAAGGACGCCGUGGCUGGGAGGUCCACAGAGCCGUGACCCCGGGAGCGUGCAAACAACCUGGAGAUGCCGCCACACCGUGGUGUCUGUUUUGGAAUCAGCACGGCCACGUGACGAAGACGACGGCUGGGGACAAGACGACGCUAGAGAUUUUCAACUUCUCCCCCGCGGCGGCUCUCUCGGGCACCAGCAGAAAGCGCAUCACAGACUACACGAGCGCCUGCAUGGCUGCCCUCAGCAAAGUCGGCGUCGCGCUGGCCUCCGUCGGCUCGACUCGGCCUCUGCUGCCCAGUAGAGUGGAAUUCAGGUCGCUCCAAGACUCCUCGCAGUGGACGAAGACGCUGCCGGUGCCGGAGCGCCCGCUGGGGGUGGCGCUGGGCGACUCGUUCGUCGCGGUGGUGACGUCGAGCGAUCUGCUUCGAAUUUUCUCCACUAGCGGCAUUGCGCUGUCGCUCACGCGCCUGCCAGGCGUCCCCGUCGCCGUCUGCGCCAGCCACCAGCUCUUGUUUGUGGUCGUCGCCACGACGGCAGCCUCUGCGGGCGAGGCGCAGCACCAGCGACAGCGCAGGCGACCCGCGGGCGGCCGCGACGCACAUGACGAGCGAUUCUUCUUCUCCUGCAUGCUCCUCCACGUUCACCCCCCCCCCUCCGCGCCGACUGCGCCCUACUUGCUGCCCUUCGGUUGCCGCGACCGCGUCGCGCAGCUCCCCGCGCUCAUGGCGAAGGCCUUCCCCGCCAUCGACGUCAUUCACGAGGGCCCGCUGGUCCUGAACCAUCCGCUGGACUGGGUCAACAUCUCCACUGGCGGAAUGCCGUCCGUGAAAGACACCUCAGGCCAGGUGUGGAGCUUGCUGCCGUCUUGGGGACGCGCCAUGGAAGGCCCGGUGCCCUACAGCCUCUCUUGGCUGCCGAUUGUGAAUCUCUUCGAAGCGGCAGGCGGCUCUCUGCAGGGCGAUGCGCCGCCGCCUUCAAUCAAGUUCUGGCCGCUCUACGUCGACGAAGCCAAGGGCGAGAUCAUGGUGGUGCGUUUGAAAGCCUCAAAGCUCAGAGAGGCGUCUUCUGGCGACGCCGAGGAAGCGGAGCGCGAGGCGGCGGACGGCGUGUCCUCGGGUGUCUCGUCGCGGCCGCCUCAGGAGCCGUCGUGCGCAGUCGCCGCGCCUAUGUUUGGCUACACGGUGGAGCAGUUGCCGCUGCGUCUGCCGUUCACGGACGUAUGGCCCUAUAUGCGGUGGCGCCAGCUGCUGCUGAAGGACAAGAACUUGAAGGGUGUCGUCGCGCAGACGGGCAGCAGUAAGGGCGACGCCGCGGUGGCCAUGGGGGAAGCCGCACUAGUCCCCUGGCACCAGUUCGACGAGGUCAGGAUGAGAAAUGAAGUCGUGCUGAGGUUCGUCUGCGUCGCGCUGCGCAACUGGGAAGGUGGCGGCGCCGGCGGCGGCGCUGGGGGACCCGAGAAUCAGCAGGACGUCCUCAAGAUGGAGCAGGCGCAGGAGAGCGUCGAGGCCGAGAAGCGCUUCAUGGCGAUAGUGAAAAACCACGACAAAUUCGCCCUGCGAGAGUUCCUCGCUUGCAGAGAAGACAGACGGCUGCACCCUGCGGCGCUAGACGUUGCUGUCCGCUUCAAAAUGCCAAACGUCGCGUCCCACGCGCGCGAGUCUCUCAACGGCGACACGCGAAUGCAGGUCGAAAAACUUCGCGAAGCGCUGGAGUGGCAAGAAUCCGAGGGCCUCCUGGAGGGCGCGGGCGCGCUUUCGCCUCCGCCAGUGGCCGCCGGCGUCGGCUCCUUGCCGGCGUCGCAAGCCUCGUUUUCUGCGCACGCGACUCGAAGCGAAAUCGAAAACCAGCACCCUGCAUUCAGCAAGCGAAGACCUGUCGAAGAGCAGGGCGGGUCGCCAGGCUCCUCCCCGAGGAAAUUCGCGAUGCGCGAUCCUCCCCACGCGGUUGCCGGCAAGUUCGGCUCAGGAGGAAAGGCGGUCAACCCGCUUGAGGCGCCGGAGCGGAAGUCUUGGAUGCGCGCGGGGAGCCGCAGCCACCAGAAGUUCUCGGCAUUCCGGCAAGCAGACUAG